AUCAAUGGGAGAGCAUUCAAAACCAAAUCCUAGUAAUUUGAUUCGUUUACUAGGAAUUGCCAACGUUUAUAGGUCAUGCAAAUCCUUCCUCUCCAAAUGCUACCCAUUAUUAUACUCAGAGAAGCAACCUUUUUUUUUCUUUAAGAAAACACCAAACACUCGAAAACCCAAGCCAAUAGAAGAUACCAAGAUCAGCAGAUCAAAGACGAAGAAACAUAAUGGAGGGAGAGAAGGUGAUGAUAAGAGACAUGACAAGGGUAAAUUCAAACAAGGCAUUGAUCACGACGGCAAGCAGGCAACGACGUUGCCACAGUUGGGCAACGGCUCUGACUCGCCCCGGCUGUCGAGGAAUCUGAGCUACCACAGCCGGAUAUCCCAGCCUUCGGGGCGAACAGCCAAAGGGCACCUUUCAAGAGCAUUCAGCGAUAUACUAACAACGAGGGGUGCCCGUUCCCGUGCCCACACCUUAUCGAGAAAUGUGAGCAAGGGGGUCCCGGCCCCCAUCAUUUUCUCAAACUCUAGUGGGUUGCUCAAGCCGGCUGCAAUGGAGAAGCGGCUCGAGUGCACCCUCGAGGAGCUCUGCUUCGGUUGCAUCAAGAAGGUCGCCAUCACACGAGAUGCAUAUAAAGGCAACGGGCAAAGUGUGAAGGAAGAUGAAACAGUGACGAUCAAAGUGGAGCCGGGAUGGAGGAGAGGCACGAAGAUCACAUUCGAGGGGAAGGGGAAUCAGAUGCCGGGCGCAGGAGCUGCGGAUGUAAUAUUCGUGAUAGCAGAGAAAGAGCACUCCUUGUUCAAGAGACGAGACAAUGAUCUGCAAAUGGAAGUUGAGAUCACGUUGGUGGAUGCUCUAUCAGGGUGCACGCUUCUCCUCCCGUUGCUGGGGGGCGAGACAACCAGCCUCGUGAUAGAGGACGUCGUGCACCCCGGCUACGUGAAGACCGUUAAAGGACAAGGCAUGCCAAAGCAACACGAGCACGGGGCAAGAGGGGACUUGCUCGUCAACAUUUCCGUCAAGUUCCCUGAUGAGUUGACACAAGAGCAAAGAACUGCUGCUGCUGCUAUUUUGCAACAGGCUUGUUAAAUUUAUGUGCCUCUUCUUUUUCUAAACCAACACAGAUGCAAAGCUGAUGUACUUCUAUUGUUUUGAUGUAUACUACAACAAAAA